GCCUCCCCCUGCAGCUGCCUUUUCCAGGGCCCCACAGCAGGCCUGCCCGUUUCACGUUCAGGUUUCUCACAGUGCCUUCCUGCUCCUGGCUGCCUCCCCAUCCUGCCAGCUUUCCAUCUUCCUGUUUUCCUUCCCGGGCUGGUGGCAGUGGGGGGCUGUGCCCAGGGGGCCCCGUGGAGAUGCUCAGUGCUUGGAAUCGCCGGGACCGGCCCCCCGAAGAGGGGACAGCUGCAGGGCUCCAGGGCUUCGCCGUGGACAAGACCUUCCUCUCCUCCCUCAAAGGCAUCCUGCUGGAAACCGAGCUGGCCCUGAUCUUCAUCAUCUUCAUCUGCUUCACGGCCUCCAUCUCCGCCUACAUGGCUGCUGCGCUGCUGGAGUUCUUCAUCACGCUCGCCUUCCUCUUCCUCUACGCCACCCAGUACUACCAGCGCUGCGAUCGGCUGAACUGGCCCUGUCUGGACUUCCUCCGCUGUGUCAGCGCCAUCAUCAUCUUCCUGGUGGUCUCCUUUGCGGCUGUGACCUCCCGGGACGGAGCUGCCAUUGCUGCUUUUGUUUUUGGCAUCAUCCUGGUUUCUGUCUUUGCCUACGAUGCCUUCAAGAUCUACCGGACUGAGAUGGCGCCCAGGGCCACCCAGGGGGAUCAGUAGUGACCCUAGGGCUACCUGGCUCCUGAGCUCAGCCAGAAAAGGGGGCAGCGGAGCCCAGACACGUCUCCUUUGGAUUCACUAGCUCCCCAGCCUACUGUCCACCACCCAGCCUACAGAGAUGAAGCCAGCCCUGAGAAGUCACCAGAGAUUUGUCUGUGGGGCCUGGUACUCUGAGAUCUGGCUCCUGAUGAAGCUUGGCCAGGGAGUGGGUGUUAUGGAUGAAGGGGAGGGUGUAGGAGGAAGCUGGUCAUUCCCAAAUUAAAAGAUUUGAAUCCUA